AAUUGUGUAAAAAUGGCAACUUCUAGCAAAAGAGGUCGCAGAAAAACCGUUGUGGCUGAACAAAAAAACAAAAUCGAGGGAUAUUUUACUGCUAAACACAGAAAGCUAUCUGUAUUAGACGAUAUAAUUUCACCUAUGCUUGAGGAGAUCUUACAUGAGAGUGAAUGUUUCGGCGAACAUAUAGUUCGGGACAUUGUCGACGAGUUGGUUACUGACUGCAUAAAAAUUGAAAAAAAGCACGAUGGGACGAAAGUCACACAAAAAAACACUGAAUGACUGGUGCAGAAAAUAUCCUUGGUUAAAGGUUUUGGAAGGUGAUGAUGGUACACCAAUGAAACUGAAGUGUGAAUCAUGUUGCUCAAUGAAGACCAAAUUGAAGCUGACGAGUGUCUGGGCUUUUGAUGGCACACCUAGUAUACAGAUGUCAAGUAUAACUAGACAUAAUGACAGUGCUGAACAUAAAAAUGUUUGUCUUAACCUGGAAAAGGAGAACAUAACUGAAAUGGUAUCUAAUGAUGAAAGUGAAGAUGAAGUUGUUAUUAACCAAGAAGACAGAAUUGUGUUUAAUACAGUAUAUUUUGCUGCCAAGUCUGAACUUUCAUACUUUCAUCUGAAACUGUAAAUGGUUUGUUAGAGUUAGAGAAAAUUAAUGGCAUUGAUGUUAAAUACACACAUCUAAGCUGGGAUACUGUAACUGACAUGCAGGAAAGCAUAUCCCGUACCUUAACCAGUAAGUUAGUGAAUGAAAUAAAAGAAUCUAAUGUAUUUGCAUUGAUGUUGGAUGAGAGUACAGAUGUGACUGUUGAAAAGCGACUUAGUGUUUGUGUUAGGUAUAUAAAAGCAGGACUGCCUCAGACUCACAUGUUAUGUAAUGUACCACUUGAUGAUGGUUGUGCUCAUACUGUAGUCAAUGCUGUUGUGUAUGAAUGUGAUAAACUUGGUCUUGACUUAUCAAAGUGUACUUCCUUGGCAGCAGAUGGUGCAGCUGUAAUGGUUGGCAAAAAAAUGGGAGUUGGUGUACAGAUGCAAAGUAAAUAUAGCCCAUAUAUCAUUCAGACACACUGUCUAGCACACAGGCUGAAUUUGGCAUGCACAGAUUCGAUGAAAAAAAAUGAGUAUCUUAAAAAAUUUAGAGAUAAGUUUAAUGCUUUAUAUCACUUUAUAAGUGCCUCAAGUGUUAGAACACUCACACUUAAAAAAAUUCAGAAUUUAUUGGAGGAGCCAGAUAUUUCAAUUAAAGAGCCUUAAUCAAUCAGAUGGCUUGGGUUAAGAAAUGCUGUUUCUGCUGUAUAUGAAUCUUAUGGGUCUGUCCUUGCUACAUUGUCAAAAUUUGCUGCAGACAAAAAUCCAGUAGCAAAGGGUUUAUACAAGCAUUUUUGUUCAUAUAAAGUUGCAUUACUCAUUGCUUUUGUGCUUGAUGUUCACAAUGAAUUAGCUGUUCUAAGUAGUACACUGCAAAAGAAAAACCUGUUGUUUAGUGAGGUUGUACCAUUAAUUGAAGGAACAUUAGCUAAACUUGGGACAUUAGAAACAGAAGAUGGAACAUGUUUAACAGAAAUGAAGGCAGAAAUACAAGAGAAGGAUGAUGGUGUUUUCUUCGGUGAAGAAAAGCUAACUUCCCAUGCUAACAUGAAAAGUGAGUUUGAAAACAUCAGAAAAGAUUAUGUAAAAAACAUCAGGAAAAAAAUGAAGGAAAGGCUGAAAAUGAGAGACGGUGAGAUAUUAGAUGAUUUUAGCAAAGUGUUUGAGCCAGCCAUUGUCAAUAUGAGUAGUCAAGAUGAAUGCAAUCAGGCAGUUGAACAUUUAGCUUCUUUUUAUGGCUAUGAGAAAAAUGUAAAGCUUGUCAGUGGAAAUUUACUAGAAGGUCCUGAAGAAGAAGUUAAAGUUGUUCAGCCCUUACUGGAUCCUGAUAAGAUAAAAGAUGAAUGGAUAAGGUUGCAGGGUAUGAUGAGAGGAACAUAUGCAAACCAGAACACUAUGAAAAUAUGUAAAAGAGUAAUGCUUGUCCACCAUGAUAUCAUGCCUAAUUGUGCAAAACUGGCAGAAAUAGCUAUGUGUUUUCAAUUAACAAGUGUUGAAUGUGAGCGCAGUUUCAGCACACAGAACAGGUUAAAAAAUAAACUAAGAGCAUCUCUUAAAUCUGAGAAGCUGAAUUCUUUAAUGCUAAUCUGUAUGUUGGGACCUCCAAUAUCUAUAUUUGAUGCAAAGCCAGCUAUUACUCACUGGAUGAAAAGGAAAAAAAGAAGGAAGGGCAGACUAUUCACUGAAUACAAACCAAGAGUGAAAAAACAAAAACUGUCUUAAAAAUCAUUGAACAUUACUGUGUGUAGCAGCAGUCCAAAUUUAUGGCUGCAGUAUGACUUAGUAAAAAACCAUUGUGUCUAAAUUUUACUCUCUUAAAUUUGCUGGAACAUUACAAAAUUUAGAACAGUACAGUGUUAUGAUUGCAAGAUGCUGAUUAUCACUUUUAUUUUUUUAAAGGUAGUAGUCAAUGAUACUGUUUUACAUAUAAUCACAUUUCAUGCCAAUUUUAAAUACAUUUUUGUAUUAAACAUUAAAGUUC